AUGGAAGUGUACUGGAAGGAGGAGGUUGAACGCAUCACUGCAGCCAAGCAGGAUGGCGAAUCCGCGUUCAAGCAGAAUUUCAUCCGUCAGCAAGAAGACCACCAACACGCACUGAACGCGCGUGCAGACGAGAUUGCCGAACUCAAGUACCAGUUGCAGACGUCUGAAGCUUUGUGUGAAGUUCUGCGUCGAGAGAUUCGCGAGAAGACUUUGGGCGCAUGGGCGUUCAGCGAUUUCUUGGAUCGGGAACCACAAGUCACGGUGGCAGGGAACUGGAAGCGCCUUCAAAAGCUGUUUGGACACUUUGCGGACGGCACUACGCCUCCUGCUGGCUGGAUUACGAACAUCCACGUGGUGUCCAUCGACCAG